CUGUCUCUCUCUAUCUUUACCUGUCUCUCUCCCUCUUUACCUGUCUCUCUCCCUAUUUAUUUCCUUUCUUUCAACAAGAGCAAAGGUUGUUCCCUGUGGCUGGCGGUGCAAUACUCUCUCUAUGUCAGCAGCAAGAAGCAACAAAACAAGCUAAGAAGCAGAAAGAAAUUUACAACAAGGUUGAGAAAGAAGGGAAGGAUGACAAGGAAGAGAACAGAGAUAAAGAAGAUAGACAACCUGAGCGCGAGGCAAGUGACCUUCACUAAGAGGAGAAGAGGGCUCAUCAAGAAAGCUCAUCAACUCUCUACCCUCUGCGAUGCCGAGAUAGCCCUCAUCAUCUUCUCUUCCACCGGCAAGCUCUUCGAGUUCUCCAGCUCUAGUACUGAACAGGUAAUCGAGAGGCAUAUCAAUCUGCACUCAGAGAAAAGCCUCAACCCCUCUGCUCAGCAACAGGUAGAUGAUAUCCCAUGUGCCUUAAGGAAGGAUCUCUCCGAUAGGGCUCGCGAGCUAAGGCACUUGAGGGGGGAAGAUCUACAUGAAUUGAAUCUUGAUCAACUAAAUCAACUUGAGAAGUCACUCGAAGCCGGUCUGCUCCGUGUUUCAGAAACCAAGGCCGGAAGGAUCAUGAACGAGAUCAGUGCCCUAAAAAAAAAAGGGAGCACAGCUUCUGGAAGAGAACAAGCACAUGAAAAUGAAAGGGUUAUAUAUAUUUUGCAGAUGGUGAAAAUGCAAGAAGCAACGAGAGUUCCUCGAAAUAACCAUUUGUCAGGAGAUUAUGAUCACUCGUCAGCUUAUUCCAGUAGCAACUUCGAUACAUCUCUCAAGUUGGGGUUGCCUUUCCCACAGUAGCAGAUCAAUGACGAUGGAUUUCCAUUAUUCCAUUUGUAAUUUAAAAGAUUCCUUCAACAAUGCGUCAAUAAAAGGAUUACUAUCCGGUCGUUAUCUUAUCGACGUGUAUUCAUAAGUUCCCUUAUCAAUAAUUUCCUAGUUGUACUGUUAACUUUUGAUUUAACGAAAUUUUUGCCCAGUUUGAAGCA